CUGAAGCCUGAGGAGCCAUGUCAUCCACGAAAAGCAAGAAGGAUAAGGAGAUCAUAGCGGAGUACGAGACCCAAGUGAAAGAGAUCCGUAACCAGCUGGUGGAGCAGUUUAAAUGCUUGGAGCAGCAGUCGGAGUCUCGUAUCCAGCUGCUGCAGGACCUGCAGGAGUUCUUCCGACGCAAAGCUGAGAUCGAACUGGAAUACUCUCGCAGCCUGGAGAAACUGGCUGAGAGAUUCUCCUCAAAGAUCCGCAGCUCCAGGGAGCAUCAGCAGUUUAAGAAAGACCAACACUUGCUGUCCUCCGUAAACUGCUGGUAUCUGUUGCUGAACCAGACGAGGCGCGAGAGCCGAGACCAUGCCACCCUGAGCGACAUCUACACCAACAACGUCAUCGUGCGCUUGGCUCAGAUCAGCGAGGAUGUCAUCCGCCUGUUCAAGAAGAGCAAAGAAAUUGGGAUCCAGAUGCACGAGGAGCUGGUGAAGGUGACAAAUGAACUUUACACUGUGAUGAAGACGUACCACAUGUACCACACUGAGAGCAUCAGCGCUGAGAGCAAGCUGAAAGAUGCAGAAAAGCAGGAGGAAAAGCAGUUCAGCAAGUCCGGAGAUCUGAACGUCAACCUGCUGCGCCAUGAAGACCGCCAGCCGCGGCGCAGCUCCGCCAGGAAGAUUGAGAAGAUGAAAGAAAAGAGGCAAGCCAAGUACUCAGAGAAUAAGCUGAAAUGCACAAAAGCCAGGAAUGACUAUUUGUUGAACCUGGCAGCAACCAAUGCGGUGGUUGCAAAAUAUUACAUCCACGACGUCUCCGACAUGAUUGAUUGCUGUGAUCUUGGCUACCAUGCCAGCUUGGCGCGCACCUUCAGGACGUACUUGUCUGCAGAGUACAACCUGGAGACGUCGCGCCACGAGGGACUGGAUAUCAUUGAGAAUGCGGUGGACAACCUGGACUCUCGCAGCGAUAAGCACAAGAUCAUGGAUAUGCAUAACCAGGUGUUCUGUCCCCCGAUGCGCUUUGAAUACCUGCCGCACAUGGGGGAUGAGGUGUGCCAGGUCAGCGCCCAGCAGCCGGUGCAAACUGAGCUCCUGAUGCGCUACCACCAGCUGCAGUCUCGGUUAGCAACACUAAAGAUCGAGAACGAAGAAGUGAGGAAGACCUUGGAUGCAACCAUGCAAACGCUCCAGGACAUGCUGACAGUGGAGGACUUUGACGUGUCAGAUGCCUUUCAGCACAGCCGCUCCACUGAGUCCAUCAAGUCUGUGGCCUCUGAGUCAUACAUGAGCAAGCUCAACGUAGCCAAGAGGAGGUCAAACCAGCAAGAGACCGAAACCUUCUACUUUUCGAAAUUUAAGGAGUACCUGAAUGGCAGUAACCUCAUCAUCAAACUGCAGGCGAAGCAUGACUUACUGAAGCAGACGCUGGGAGAAGGGGAAAGAGCCGAGUGUGGAACGACGAGGCCGCCCACCCUCCCCCCUAAACCACAGAAAAUGCGGAAACCUAGGCCACGCUCCAUGUUUAACCAUAAACUGUUUAACGGCAAUAUGGAGACCUUCAUCAAGGACUCGGGCCAACCGAUUCCGCUUGUUGUUGAAAGCUGCGUCAGAUACAUCAACCUGUACGGGUUGCAGCAGCAGGGGAUAUUUCGCGUGCCAGGAUCACAGGUGGAAGUCAACGACAUCAAAAACUCAUUUGAAAGAGGUGAGGACCCACUGAUUGACGACCAGAAUGACCACGAUAUUAACUCAGUGGCAGGAGUGCUGAAGCUGUAUUUCAGAGGGCUGGAGAACCCACUCUUCCCGAAGGAGCGUUUCCUGGAUUUCAUCUCCACCAUCAAGCUGGAGUCAGAAGCGGAGAGAGCCCAUCACAUCCAGCAGAUAGUCGUCACUCUUCCUCGCACCGUCAUAAUCGUCAUGAGAUACCUUUUUGCAUUUCUCAAUCAUCUUUCCCAGUACAGCGAUGAAAACAUGAUGGAUCCCUACAAUUUAGCCAUCUGCUUCGGCCCCACUCUGAUGCCCAUCCCGGACGGCCAGGACCCCGUGGCGUGUCAGGCACAUGUCAACGAAGUCAUCAAGACCAUCAUCAUCAACCAUGAAGUCAUCUUCCCAAAUCAGCGUGAGCUGGACGGGCCGGUCUACGAGAAGUGCAUGACGGGCGGGGAAGAGUAUUGUGACAGUCCCCACAGUGAACCAGGAACCAUCGAUGAAGCUGACAAUGGGACUGAGCCACACACUAGUGAUGAAGAGGUCGAACAAAUUGAAGCCAUUGCCAAGUUCGACUACACAGGGCGCAGUCCCCGGGAGCUGUCCUUCAAGAAGGGAGCGUCUCUGCUUCUGUAUCACAGGGCCUCUGAGGACUGGUGGGAGGGUCGUCACAACGGCGUGGACGGACUCAUCCCCCAUCAGUAUAUUGUUGUGCAAGACUUGGACGAUGCCUUCUCCGAUAAUCUCAGCCAGAAAGCAGACAGUGAAGCCAGCAGUGGACCGUUACUGGAGGGUUCCUCCAAAAAUGACAUCCCAUCGCCGUGUGAGCAGCCGGCAGAUUACAACUUCGGAGGAGUCAUGGGGAGGGUCAGGCUACGGUCAGACGGCGCUGCGGUCCCGCGCCGUCGGAGCGGCGGAGCGGAGACCCACAGCCCGACCAGAGUCCCCGACACUCCGCCGCGUGCUGCCGCCUGUCCCAGCAGUCCUCAUAAAAUAUCCAUUAGCAAGGCUCGCAUGGAAAGUCCAGAAAAACGGCGACUUGGCACUUUUGGUAGUGCAGGCAGUAUUAACUAUCCAGAUAGGAAGGCAUAUCCAGAGGGCCACCCACUGAGACCAGUGCCAGGGGCCACCCGCCACAGCAGCCUGGGGGACCACAAAACACUGGAGACCGAGGCUCUGGCUGAGGACAUCGAGAAGACCAUGAGCACUGCACUCCACGAGCUGCGGGAGCUGGAGCGCCAGAACACCGUGAAGCAGGCCCCCGAUGUGGUCCUGGACACCCUGGAGCCAAUGAAGAACCCGGCGAGCUCAGAGCCCGGCAGUCCGCUUCACACCAUCAUGAUCCGUGACCCGGACGCAGCCAUGCGGCGCAGCAGCAGCUCCACCUCUGAGAUGAUGACCACCUUCAAGCCCGCCCUGUCCGCCCGGCUGGCCGGGGCUCAGCUGCGCCCGCCGGCCAUGAGACCGGCACGCUCCGCUCCGACGCAGCACCGCUCGAGCAGCUCCAGCUCUUCGGGGGUUGGCAGUCCCGCCGUGACGCCCACUGAAAAACUGUUUCCCAGUAACAGCUCAGCUUCAGGGUCCAAUGUGAAUGUUUCAGGUGACGCCGGGGACAAGACUGGCAGCAUGUAGCAGAGGAAGAAUCUGUUCUAAAAGGGAGAAAAAGAUGAUGAUCAAAACAAGAAAAUGUUCCUUAAAGUAGAGAAAAGUAUUGUCCUCACUGUACAGGAGUCUCCGGGUUACCAUGGUGACAAAGCAGCAGACGAUGCUGCAGGGGUUUAAUGUCGUACAGCUCUUUGAAACUUGACCGACUGUGUAAAAGACUAUGUAAACUUCAGUUAUACCUCAGCUUCAACAGAAAUCUAUGGCCAUGCUCUCGUUUCAGAGAUUUGUUGAAGGCCAUUGAAGCAAUACUUGAGUGAAAAAAAA